CUCCGAUUUCCUGUUCCCCUCAGAACAUAGUAGGCUGACAGGAAAUUGAGAUGCCUGAGAGCAAAGAGCAGCAAGCUGUACACUCCACAGAGCAGCUGCACGGAGACGGCGUAGCAACAGAACACAACUUUAUCACACGUGAAGCUUUCCUACGUUUCAAGAUCAAUCUGAGAAGCUGAGCCACAAAUUGCAGACGACGGCCUGCAAUGCAGCAGCGUGUAUGAAAACCAACCUACACACACACACACACCUCGAUCUGCCAUGAUGAACAUGACGGACGCCCGCUGCAGCAUCCCCUCGGCCGAGUACCAGUUCUACCUCUUCCCGGUCGUCUACAUCCUGGCUCUAGUUGUGGGUCUACCUGGGAAUCUGGCGGCCCUCUUCGUCUUCACCUUCAAGAUCACCCCUCGCACGCCCUUCAGCGUGUACAUCAGCAACCUGGCCCUGGCCGACAUCGUCAUCCUCUGCACCCUCCCCUUCAGGAUCCACUACCACCUCAACAGGAACAACUGGGUGUUCGGGGACGUCGCAUGCCGCGUCACGGGCAUUCUGUUCUUCGCCAACAUCUACCUGAGCAUCGGUUUCAUGACCUGCAUCUGCGUGGAUCGCUACAUGGCCACGGUGCACCCGCACGCCUACCUGAGGCUGCGGAGGCCGUGGUGCCCUCUGGCGGUGAGCGCGGCGCUCUGGUGCAUCACGGGCGUGGCGAUGCUGGCCUUCGUCCUCAUGGGCCCCCUGAAAACCGACGCGGACGAUUCCAGAGGCCAGAGCUGUUUUGAGAACUUCGCCAAGCACGAGUGGGACACACGCCUGUGGGCGUACAGCGUCCUGAGCCUGGUCUUCUGCUCCCUGCUGCCCUCCGUGGUCAUCCUGGUUUGCUACCCGCUGGCCGUGAGGCGCAUCUCCAUGAUCAGGACAAAAAUGGCCAAGAGGGCGGUGAGGGUCAUCUACACCAUCCUGGCCAUCACGCUGCUUUGCUUCCUUCCCAACCACCUGGUGUACCUGCUUCACCUCCUGCGGCGCAUGGACGUCAUCAAGAGCUGCUCGUCCGCCAACCGCAUCUACGACGCCCGGCGGGUCACCAUGGCCCUCGUCACCCUCAACACGUGCCUGGACCCCGUGCUUUACUUCGUCACCACCAGCCACUGCAAAUGGAGGCGCUUCAAGAUGACGUGGCUGUGCGCACGAGUGCAGAGGAGAAGCGGUGUUUACACCAUCGCGUUGGACUGAGACGGGCGCCAGCUAAUACCGAAUAUUCUACAAUGUCCCCCACACAGGAGCAGGGGAGAACGUACAGCCUGGAUGUUGUUGAUGUCUGCUGAAAUCCAGGAUCCAAUAGUGUUGCUCGAAUUCUUUUGAGGGAGACUUCCCUUCAGAGGUUUAAUGUUUUGG